UUGGUGUAAUCUCACUGGUCGGUUCUGUGAAAGUUUGUCUUCAUCUCUACAAUCAUCAAACUCAAUGAGAGAGCUGGACAUGAGCAACAAUAAUCUGCAGGAUUCAGGAGUGAAGUUCCUGUCUGAGGCACUGAAGAGUUCAAACUGUCAACUCAACAUACUAAGAUUUGCUGGCUGUAAUCUCACUGAUCAGUGCUGUACAAGUUUGUCUUCAUCUCUACAAUCAUCAAACUCACUGAGAGAGCUGGACCUGAGUAACAAUAACCUGCAGGAUUCAGGAGUGAAGCUGCUCUCUGAUGGACUGAAGUGUUCACACUGUCAACUCAACAUACUGAGGUUUGUGAUUUUCAGUUAA